AUGCGGAUGUGCGCAUAUGUCAGCCGUAGACUAGACAGCUUCCAGUCUUACGACCUCAGCGCUACAUCCUAUGAACCUCUCGAGCUCUCUCAGGAAACAGCUUCAGCACCUCGUUGUAGCGGACGUCUCUCACACGUCAACCAUCUCCCCCAUUCUUCAAGGUCUGACUUAGCGGGGGACAAUACGCUAGUGGAGAUGGAUUGCGAUGCCGUUCCCGUGACUGAUGGGGAGCACCUCAAUGUCGCUGCAUACGGAUAUCUUUACUCCUUGUACAACACGUCUGGCCGCCGCCUUUGCGCAUUUCCAAUGAUGGACGAUGCUCCUGACGACAGAAGCCCGAACAUCGACCAAAUCGAUGUGAUGGGCCUAUUCAAACCCAAACCCAACCUCGCUCCCAAACUUCAUCAUGCCCGCGUCACGGUCGAGGGCGCAAAUAUUGUCAUCAUCGGCUAUAGUGAACCGACCAUGGCAGUAAACCAAACUCUGCUCAAGGUCAAACCGAGUACACCCUGGCGCGGAGAGCUGGCGGCGUUCCAAAUUGGAACCAGGGUUCCGGUUCUUUCUCGUCCUACUGCCAGAAAGAAGACCUUCGAGUUAGCCAUUCAACUUUACCUAUCAAGGGUCACCGAGGCCGUCGACGCCGGAUAUCCUCCUCCAGAGAUGAUCCUGAACUGCAAUGCAGGCACGCUCAUUGGCCGCAUCGAAAAGAUAAUCGAUACAGGUCGGCUAAGAUCUGUCCAGAUUGUCAAGACUUGUGACCAGCCUGUGAAACACUCUUCAACUCUGUUCCCCGAUACAUAUCCUCCCAAUCCAUAUGUAAGCUCAGUGAACUUGGAAAAUCUCUCAAUCUCGCGCAGCAACGCGGCCAGUCCGGAGAUAAGCUCUAUGAACCUUUCUCGUGAUGAGAAUGUCAACGGUGAGCUUUCUGAUGUUCUUGAAGACUAUAGGCCAAACCCUGAUUUGUACGCGGGCUAUGGUCACGAUGCUCACUCUAACACGCAUCAAUCUACGUUCGGCAAUCCAUCAUUCCCAGUCCCGACCUCUCCUCUUGCUCGUUCCCCACCGCUCAGACCAUCCCCGCGGUUGAGGACUUCCCCGCAGCUGAGAACGUCCCCACCACUCACAACUCCCGGCCGCAGGACCAGUAACCCUACCAAUCCCACUCCCUCUAACACGCAUCAAUCUAUGUUCAGCAAUCCACCAUUGCCAGUCCCGACCUCUCCUCUUGCUCGGUCCCCACCGCUCAGACCAUCCCCGCGGUUGAGGACUUCUCCGCAGCUGAGAACAUCCCCACCACUUACAACUCCCAGCCGCAGGACCAGUGACCCUACCAAUUCCAACAACGCCCCUUCUUCCACAUUUCGUCCAGUCCCAUUUCAGCCAGGACCUCAGGACAAGGGCAAAGGAAGGGCCGAUGAAGGCAGGGGUAAACGAAAGACACACUCUGAUCCUGGUGGUCAGUGGUACGCUCAUUUGCCUCAUCCACCACGUCCAGGGCCGUCACGCCUAUCUCCUGUCAACCCUCACAUGGAUGAUCAACCUCUACCAGCCAUGUCACCCACUGGACCGCAUCCAAUGAACGUUGAUGACAUGGAGCCUUCUGUGUUUCCAGCAGAAUACAUGCCCGCUACACCGCCCUCCACUAGGCGUCCCGCAAAUAGGCGUCCCUCCAAUAUCUACGACGAUUCCGGCCCAGACGGAUUCCAACCGUCCAUAUGGCCAACACAACACUUUGAUGCCUUUGACAACGGAUCAUCUUUUGCUCAAAGGGAUGAUGAGAAGGAAGAAAAGGAGGAGGAGGAGGAGGAGGAGGAGGAGGAGGAGGAGGAGGAGGAGAAUAAGGGGUGGGAUGAUAAUGAGGAGAAUUUUGAAUAUGGAGGCGAUGAUGAGGAUGACGGGGAAGACGAGGCUGAAGACGGAAUCGCUCAACUAUGGAGAAAAUUACAAGAAAUGGAAGAGCGUCUGAACGCAAACUUAACCAAUGGCUUAUCAAACUUGGCCUCCUCCUUCACCUCACUCCCGAGCGCAGUACAGCCAAAGCCCCAACGGGGUCCCAAGAUGACAACCGGUAUCCGAAUUCGAUCCCCACACUCCAUUGCUAUGGCGAAAUCGGUUAGAUUACAUAUCAGCAAGCUCAUGAAUAACCGGCUUCGAGUCGCCACGGAAAAUGAAGUUUCCGCUUUCAAUCAUCGCUGGCCUCCGAGUCGUGAGGGAUGGGAGGCUUGCUGCACUAUUUCAAACUUUCGAGUCGACUUGCAUGGUCCACCACGUAGUCCCUGGAACCGAUCUGCCGCAAGAGUCUUUGUUGUUGACUUUGCAACCUUCCACCGGAUGCCGCUUACACCAACCGUAUUCGACGACGUUACACGGCGCUUUUUGACGAGAGUGAAAACUUUGAAGGCAAAGUGGGGUAAUCACAGCCAGAGCGUUGGAAGCCGAUUAAUCCAAAGUCAGGCUGUCCGACGCUGGCAAAGAAAACGUAUCCUAUUUCAUCGUCGCCUCGAUACUGCCAAUCAACAUCCGCAUCUACAUCGACACAUUGCCAUGUUACAAAGAUUGGGUGUUGAAGGAAUGUCCUCAGAUGAGUCAGAGUCGGAAGAACUCAUGAACCAGAGGCCGCAAACUCGCCGUCGUGCACCCCUUUUCUAUGUUCAUCGUCCUGUUUGGAGGAACCCAUCAAUCUCAGAGUGGCUCCAGAUCUUCGACACCCUGCACAUUAUCAUGCGGCGUAUGCUUUCCCCAAAGUCUAGGGGUGCAUACCCACGGAAAAGGAUUCAUAACCCCGAUGGUCCUUUUAGCACUUCAAAACGUUUUGUUUCCCAACUUCCAACGAAUGCGUAUAAUGAAGCGUGGCUCGCCGACCAGACUCGCCUUGAUGGCGCUAUCAUUGUAAGACCCAUGAUGCAAAGUUAUGAUUUCAACCACAACACACAAAUCUUCCAAUUCAUGAACUAUAUCCAACCCUCCUUCUUCGCUCCCCCCUGA